UAAUCAGUCUCUUUGAUGGGGGCUGAGCCACCUUCCUCUCGAGCAUCCCCCAGCUUCGCGCUCCACUUUCCCCAUCCGCCAGCCUUCAGCACCGGCGGCUUCGAACUCCCCUUCAGGUCCGAGCCUCCCCCGCCCCGCGGGUGGUGGCGCCGGGCUCACCCCAGCCCUGCUACACCGCAACCGUCAACUGCCCGCCCCUCGCUCCCGGCAGGGAGCGCCUUCUCAGGGCCGUGGGCGGCGGCCCCACCCCUCACGUCGGCGUCGGAGGACCAGGGCGGAAGCUGCUCGACUGUGCGGCAACGGGCGGACGUGGCCAUGGCGGCGGCGGCGAGCAUGGGGCAGCAGUGGGUCCUGGUGGAGAUGGUGCAGGCCUUCUACGAGGCUCCUGCAUACCACCUUAUUUUGGAAGGAAUUCUAAUUCUAUGGAUAAUCAGACUUAUUUUCUCCAAAACAUACAAGCUUCAAGAGCGAUCUGAUCUAACACCUAAGGAAAAAGAAGAGUUGAUUGAAGAAUGGCAGCCGGAGCCUCUUGUUCCUCUUGUAUCAAAAGAUCACCCAGCUCUCAACUACAACGUUGUUUCAGGUCCUCCUACGCAUAAAAUCAUUGUUAAUGGCAAGGAAUGUAUUAACUUUGCAUCAUUCAAUUUUCUUGGACUUCUGGAUAAUGAGAAAGUUAAGAGUGCGGCUCAAGCAUCUUUGAAGAAGUAUGGUGUUGGUACUUGUGGACCUAGAGGAUUCUAUGGUACUUUUGAUGUGCACUUAGAAUUAGAAGACCGACUAGCAAAAUUCAUGAGGACAGAAGAAGCUAUUAUAUACUCAUAUGGAUUUGCAACAAUUGCCAGUGCAAUUCCUGCAUAUUCAAAACGAGGGGACAUUGUGUUUGUAGAUGAAGCUGCAUGCUUUGCUAUUCAGAAGGGAUUACAAGCAUCUCGUAGUAACAUCAAAUUAUUUAAGCAUAAUGAUAUGACAGACCUUGAACGACUGUUGAAGGAGCAAGAGACUGAAGAUCAGAAGAAUCCUCGCAAAGCCCGUGUAACUCGAAGGUUCAUUGUGGUGGAAGGGUUGUAUAUGAAUACAGGAGACAUUUGCCCUCUUCCAGAAUUGGUAAGGGGUUUUGAAUUGCCGUUUAAACUCUAGAUAUGAAUGCAUGUGACUGAUGAAAUAUUAAUGCUGUAUUGUUAAGCCAACACU